CAGCCAGAGGUACGUCCACGGGAAGUUGAGCUCAGCUGCAGGCGGUGGGUGGGUGAAAGCAGCAGGCCGUGCGCCGAGCAGCGGGAGCCCGCGUUCACCUAUCUGCCACACCGCCUGAACCCGCCCCUCCUCAGUCUGCGCCCCUGUUGCGGUCGUUUGCUCUCGGCGGUCCGGCUCGAACAUCCCGAUGCGCCGCGGCGGCUGCCAGCGGGCUGCGUCUGGAGAAUCCCACCCUCCGCACAAUGCAACAACGCAGGCUGGCACUUCCAGGGUCGCCCCUCUGCAGCUAACCGAGUCUUUUAAUUCUUCCAAGGCUGAAAAAAAAUCAUGACAGGCAGACUCACAUCUGGGGCCUUUGCUUCUGUUGUUCAUGUUUCUUCCGUGCGCCUCUGAAGAGGACUAACGGUUCUCCGCUGCUGCUGCUCAGUUUCUUAACAGAUUCCUCAAGUUUUGACGUUUCAAGGACAAAAAAGCUAAUUUAAAUAAAGGGCUUAUGCGUGGAGGACUGCGAUCUUUAUUUUAUUCUACUGGAAGGUUCAACAGUUGCCAGCUCGCAGGAACCACCGGUUGAGCAGCCGUGAUCCGGGCAGCGGUUAGUUUGUCUUGUCUCGUGGUUUCACUUGGAGGUGCAUAUCACCGCCAUGGUGGUGUUCAACGGACAGCUGAGGAUCAAGAUCUGCGAGGCUCUGGACCUCAAACCCACGGCUUGGUCCCUGCGUCACGCCGUCGGUCCCAAGACGCAGACCUUCCUCCUGGACACGUACAUCGCCCUAAACGUGGACGACUCGCGCGUGGGCCAGACCUCCACCAAGCAGAAGACCAACAGCCCCGCGUGGAACGACGAGUUCACCACGGAGGUCCACGGCGGCCGCAGGAUCGAGCUGUCCGUCUUCCACGACGCGCCCAUCGGCUACGACGACUUCGUGGCCAACUGCAUCAUCCAGUUCGAGGACAUCCUGCACAACGGCAGCAAGCACUUCGAGGACUGGAUUGACCUGGAGCCAGAGGGGAAAGUGUUUGUUAUCAUUGAUCUCUCAGGAUCUUCUAGUGAAGCAGCACCACCCUCCACCGACAAUGAGGAGCGCGUGUUUCAGCAACGGAUGCGUCCCAGGAAACGCCAGGGCGCUGUCCGCCGGAGGGUCCACCAGGUCAACGGACACAAGUUCAUGGCCACCUACCUGAGGCAGCCCACCUACUGCUCCCAUUGCAGGGACUUCAUCUGGGGCGUUUUAGGAAAGCAGGGCUACCAGUGUCAAGUGUGCACCUGUGUGGUCCACAAACGCUGCCAUGAGCUGAUCAUUACCAAAUGUGCUGGGAUGAAGAAGCAGGAUGACACAGUCGGGGAGACAGUCGGAUCUCAGAGAUUCAGUGUCAACGUGCCGCACAAAUUCAGCAUCCACAACUUUAAAGUUCUCACCUUCUGUGACCACUGUGGGUCUUUGCUGUGGGGUCUGCUACGACAGGGACUCCAGUGUAAAGUUUGUAAAGUAAACGUACACAGGCGCUGUGAGAGUAACGUAGCCCCCAACUGUGGCGUGGAUGCCAGAGGGAUUGCUAAAGUCCUCUCUGACCUGGGAGUCACACCAGACAAGAUCUCCAACAGUGCCCAGAGACGGAAAAAGCUUCCUCAGGCUCAGGACCCUCAGCAGCCGUUAGUGGGGACUCCUCAGAUGGAGGACGAUCGCUCCAAGUCUGCUCCCACGUCCCCGUGUGACCAGGAUGCGAAGGAGCUAGAGAACAUCCGGAAGGCUCUGUCUUUUGACCACCGCGGAGAGGAGCACAAGACGCACCCUCUCUCCUCCCCAUCCUCUGUUCCCACAGUAACGAGCGAAAGCCAUGCGGGAGGUGGGGGGAACAGCAUUGGCGUGGCGGGGGUAGGAAGCCAGGAGAAUGGUGAUGUCAAAUGUCACAGCGCUCCAGAGACCAAGAGGAUGAACCUGCAUGACUUUGUGUUCAUCAAAGUACUGGGCAAAGGAAGCUUCGGAAAGGUGAUGCUGGCCGAGCUGAAGGGCAGCGACGAGGUCUACGCCGUCAAAGUGCUGAAGAAGGAUGUGAUCCUGCAGGACGACGACGUGGACUGCACCUUGACCGAGAAACGGAUCCUCGCGCUGGCCAGGAAACACCCCUACCUGACUCAGCUCUUCUGCUGCUUCCAGACUAAAGACCGCUUGUUCUUUGUCAUGGAGUACGUAAACGGAGGCGACCUCAUGUUUCAGAUCCAGCGAUCGAGGAAGUUCGACGAGGCCCGGUCUCGUUUUUACGCCGCUGAGGUCACAUCUGCUCUGAUGUUCCUGCACCGCCACGGAGUCAUUUACAGAGACUUGAAGCUGGACAACAUCCUGUUAGAUGCAGAGGGUCACUGUAAGCUGGCAGACUUUGGCAUGUGCAAGGAGGGAAUCCUCAACGGAGUCACCACCACCACCUUCUGUGGGACGCCAGAUUACAUAGCACCUGAGAUCCUUCAGGAGCUGGAUUACGGUCCAUCUGUGGACUGGUGGGCGCUGGGGGUGCUGAUGUACGAGAUGAUGGCGGGACAGCCGCCAUUCGAGGCUGACAAUGAAGACGACCUGUUUGAGUCAAUCCUCCAUGACGACGUCCUCUAUCCGGUCUGGCUGAGCAAGGAGGCUGUGUCCAUCCUGAGAGCGUUCAUGACUAAGAGUCCUAACAAGCGUCUGGGCUGUGUGGUGGCUCAGGGUCUGGAGGAGGCCAUUAAACUUCAUCCAUUCUUCAGAGAGAUCGACUGGACGCUGCUGGAGCAGAGGAAGAUCAGGCCACCAUUCAAACCUCGCAUCAAAACCAAAAGGGACGUCAAUAACUUCGACCAGGACUUCACACGUGAAGAACCCGUCCUGACGCCCGUGGAAGACAGCAUUGUCAAGCAGAUCAACCAGGAUGAAUUCAAAGGAUUCUCCUACUUCGGGGAUGAGACUGCAGCAUGAACGCACACAUUGAAACACACACACAAAAAGUGAAACACAACACAGUAUUUAAAGAACCACGCCCUCUUGAACGGUUCCUGUUUCUAACCACUCCAGGAGUUAUUAGACCAUUCGUGUUUCUCAUUAUGGUUUCUGUGGUCUUGUUGUUUGUCCAUUUGUGCAUAUCCCAUCAAAAUAUGCGCUCAAGCAGCAUGUCAGCCCUGGCCGGUUACUGACAGGAAUGACCCGAUGCUCCUUCAGUUGGUCUGGAUGGGUUCCUGAUGCAGGCAAAAGUCAAACUCUUGGGUUUUAUUGGAUUGGAGUUUUGAACUAGAUACACAGGCAAGAUCAUGGGCUGCUAGCGUGCUUAAGUGUGGGAGAGAGUGGCAAAUAUAAUGUUUGUACAAGUAUGCAUGCAUGUGUAGUUGCAUACCUCUAGAAAGAGACUGUCAUUUCUUUACACAGUGUGCUGUAUCCCGUGUCUAUCUCUGUGUAAAGAUGUUUUAUCUUCCCUAAACAUGUAUGUGAGUGGAAAAAAACAACUGAACCAAUGAUUGUAUUUAAAGGUAAAAAACUGUCCUGAACAAUAGUUUAUUGAUUAUGAUUAGGUUGGGUUUAAAAAGUGAUCCAAUAUUGAUACGAAGAUGGAUUUUUUAUUUCAAAUAUAUGCUAUUUCCUGCAUCUUCUAAUUUAAAAUCUCACUGCCAUCUCACGAGGCAGCGCAACGACAUUAGUCCACCUGUCAGGGAGAUCUUGAACGUAACCGAAGCGCCAACUGUGAAUGAACUGCCAAGCCUGAAAACUGAUCAGUCCUAGAUUAUGAAAAAGUGAUGCAAGAAAUCUAAGAUUUUUUUGAUGAAAUCAUUAUAAAAUAGUCAAACUAAAAAUUAAAUGCCACUUUGAAUUUAACUUUUAACUUUACUUCCGCAGUUCUUUUUGGAGAGAGGGAGAGGGAGCUAUGCUCCAUGUCUCUUUUUAUUUUUUGCCCAUUCAGAUGUUCCAGUUUGCCAUUAAAACCUAAAUGGUACCAUCAACCGCCAGCUAACAGACAUACAGUAGCAACCAGUGGGAGUGUCCGUUCUUUCAAUGAGGUAUGCUGUUUCCAUUCAUCUUGACACAGAGACAGUUCAGUGAAGCCAAAUAAUGAGCUGAAGUCAAAAAAUGUAUGAAGGUUUCUUUAAAAUGGAUUUAUCUUAGUUGAAGUGCGUGUUACUGAAACCCUCAAUGCACCUUGUGGAGCAAAAUCUUUCCAGGUCAACUCCUUAAAUACCUUCAUGACCGCUUAAUCCUUGAAAAGGCCUUGUGUGUGUACAGUAACUGAGUGAUCGGUUAAUGUACUGGACCUACAGAAUCCCAUGAUUCCACAGGAAAGUGGUGGAGAAUGUGUCAGCAGAUAUGAAUGAAUGUGUGAAACUGAAUGUAUUUGCUCUGCAGCGUGUGUUUGUCUACGUACUGUCCAAGGCGAGAUCAUUUUAUGUUGUCUUCAUGUUGUAUUUUUAUUUAAAAUCUUUAUUUUGGAUGUCAUUUACUUGUUUCUAUUAGAUUUAAGCAAGACUCACCUGGUCAGAUAUACUGACCUUUGUACUUCAGACCCUACUUCAGAUCCUGCUCCUCCCCCUGCUCCUCCUCUUUGUGCAGCCUAAACAUGGAGGCAAAAUAAGCUUUAAAUAAGCAAACAGGCCUCCAGAGAGAUUUCAGAGAUGUCUCUCUGUGUUGCAGGUCAAAUUAGUGACUUAAAAGUCAACAUUGCUUCAAGAAAACUCAAUGUGCAAUAUUGUGGGUUUUCUUACUUAUUAUUUCUUUUUUCUUCCCUUCUUUCUUCUCACUAGUCUAUAACCCCUUACGUAGACACACAUUCACAGACAACUACAGUUUAGUUUUAGGACAGAGAGACGAAUUAUGGAAUUAUUUUACACAUUCAGAUAAGUCAGUGUAGUCAACAUUUCAGUCUCUCAGCUCCAGCUUGAAUUACAUUCAUAUGCAACUGUCAGGUAUUAGUGAACACACACAGGAAAAUAUGGUGCUGACUAAAAUGUUUGCAUAUUGAGAAUUGUCUAUGUUGAAUUUAGCAGAAAAAAGGCUAUCCGGUUGGUUUAAACCGAAACAAACAAACAAACAAAAAAAACAACAACAUAAUGUUCAGAAUUUUUUAUUCAGAAGAGAAUUUUGUCAUAUGAGUAAUCAGAGUUGGUUUUAAUGAAGCAAAUUGGAACUCACCUCUAGCCUUUAAAGGACCUGAGUGUAAAAUUUAGUGGCAUCUAGUGGUGAGAUUGCAAAUUGCAAUGUAGCAGCAGCAACAUAGCGCUGAAGGGUUAGGUUAACAUUGAAUCCCCAUAGAUCACUGUUAGAGUAUCCAUUUUUUCCAAUUUUCCAAGUAGCCCUCACCUUCACUGAUCACCGUUUAACUGUCCAACCCAGAAAGCUUUUUUGUAGAGCCAGUGUACAACACAAUAAUAUACAGAACUGUAGAGCAGCAAUAUAUGCCAGUGCCCACGCUUGCUGCUGAUGCUUUUUUUAAAUUUUAUUUCAUUUCCUAAUGUCCUCAUAUCCAAAUUUUUCUUAGAAAAAUGACAAAUCACAAAACUGUUUGCAAAUAUGUAAUGUGUUGAAGGCGUAUCAGAACUUGCCCGGUGAACACAAACUGAAUCUAAAGGUUAAAUGUAACAUGAUAAUAAUGUAUGAAUUGCUCAAUGAAUCAGAAUGAAAUGUAGGUGGAUGUGUUAAAACAUCCACAGAUUAACAUGAUACAACUUUUACAGUAAGAUGUACUAGUGCUAAAUAGUUACAUAUGAAUAUACAGUAAUUCAUGAGAGCUGUGGUCGAUUUUUAUUCUUGAGCCUCAAUCAUACAAAAGAUUUUUAUAAUGAGUUGCCUGAUCACCAGUCAGUUGCGAGCCUCAUGGGUCACUGUUUAACCUGGUAAAAUAGUACUACAGCAAAACAGGAAGCAUUGUACGUAGCAGUAAACACCUGUUGUAGCAGCAGAUGUUUUACACACACAGUAGCUCAGUCACUAAACACAAAUACAAAUGGUAGGUUUAAGACUCAGCAUCACAUUAAUGCUCUCCAUCAUUUCAGUCUUCUCUGUUGCUUCUUCUCAUGUCUCCUGACAUGUCUUUGGUUAAUCUUUAUUUUAAAAAUAUCAAGCUGUUCGUCCCACUAUGACUCAAACGGGAUGUGCUGUCCCAGAAGUCCUCGGCGCUAAAUGCCAAACGCUAUUUCCAACAAAAACAUCCUUCAUGUUAGAAGGUUUUCACUGGUGUUCACACUAGUGUUCACACUGGUGUUCACAUAAGUGAUGCAGAUUUAUUGAGCAUGACAUCAAUUUCAAACAGUAUUAUGAAGACCAUCUUCCUCUUGUUCUAUGGAGAAUGUUACUGCGUGUAUAUACAUGUUUGUGUUUUCGCUGCGGCCCUUGUAUUUGUGAAGCGUUGUGCAUUUUGUCACCUGACCUGUGGUUUUGUUCUCUUUUGAAAUACUCUCAUGCCCUUCAUGUGUGUCUAUGUUCUUUAUUUUGCGCUCCGUGCCAAAUGUACUGUAUUUUAAAAGGAUGUGAAGGUGUAUUUGAAUUUUUGAAAUUAAUUAAAUAUCAUGAUGUCAGAGAGAAA